UCCAAUUUGGGCGUAACAAUAAUAAUAGGCUAUGAUGCAUACUCUGUAGCCGCUGGUCAUGGUUUUGUGAGAUCGUGUACUUUGCGCGUAUCUCUCUUUCCCAUAUAAUCCCCUUUCCUAGUUCUAGUUUCUUCUACCAUCCACCCCCUUUUAGCUUUUACCAAUUCUCUUCUCGCCUGCCAGAUUCCCCACCAAUGCCAUUCUCCUCUCGGUUCCCGGUUUUGGAAAAGACUUUGCUGCAGAAACACCAUUCUCUAUACGGUUUGGCCAAAGUCUCAUCAACCUGGCGUACUCUGUCUUGAGGAGAGGAAGUUUAGGUGAAGAUUCUGGAGAGAAGCAGCAGAAUCUAACACUCUGGCCAAUAAUACUUCAGUGAAGUCCUUUUCCCAUUUGGUAUGGGCAACGGCAGUGGCGAGAAGAAGAACAAGCCUUGGAAUUGCAUUAUAUUAUUAUUUUCCUGCGUCUUCAUUGUUCUUGAAUUGGGCAUUGCUUUGGCGCCUGCCUAUUGAUUACGGCUAAUAUUCCACCUUCAUUAUGUAGAAACUUGUUUUUUCUUUUUUAUCAAACAUCCAUUCUUUUGUUAGCUCAGUUUUCCAGAUGUAAAUUGAAUGGUUUCAAAGCGUGAAAUAGAGGAAAAGGAACAGCAAAAGAAAUGGCAAAGUGUAGCUGCUUUGGUGGUCUUGUAGGAAGAAACAAGAAGUAUAAGAGAAAAGAGAGAUUUCGAAAAACUGCUAAGGUUCAUGCACCAGUUGAAGGUCAUAUAGAGUGUAGUGACAAAACUGAAGAGUUGAAAUCAACUUCUUUUGUUAUUCCUGGGAAUAAGGUCAAGGAAUUGAGUCAUGAAACCUCCUUUAGAGAAGCUAAGGAGUUCGAAUACGAAGGGGAAGAUGAGCACGAUGAAAGCCUUUCAAUGAACAGGGAUAGUUUUGAUUUUGAUAUUCAAGGCCAUCUUGGAAGCAUAAAUGAGGAAUCUGAUCGAUCAGUUCACAAAAAGAUGAAUCUUUGUUACAAGCUCGACAAUUAUGUAAAUGAUCAGCACCAAAAUAAGAAAGAUGAAGAUGUCUUGGAAAUCAUUAAGACUGGAAACGUUAGUGAUCCGGGGAUUGGUAAACGAGAAUCUUGGACUUGUACAGUACUUAAGCGCUCCUGCUCGGAUUUGGCAAUGAGGGAUACCUUAAAAAAGAUUAGUCUGAAGCCAACAAAAUCCCAGUCAUUUGAAAAAAUGCAGAGAUUAGCUGAGAAGUUGCCUAUCGGAAGUCCACUUUCUGUAUCUUCACAUUGUAGUGCUGACAAAGUUAUGCUGAGAAAACAUUCCUCAAGCCAAAUCCUACCAUCCAGAAGUCGAAAGUUGUGGUGGAAACUCUUUCUAUGGAGCCAUAGGAACGUAAAAGAAACAAGCAAUUGCAAACCACAGGCAAUCCCUAGUAAAAUAACUCUAAGCAAGCAAGGUGGAUACUCUUCAGACACUCUAGAACCAGGGCAAGGCAUGGACUUAAGCAAGUUGGGAUCAACUGCUUCAUUCACUGGGAAAUCGUUGAAAAAGGGGAGCAAUAACAUCCAUAGAGUAACUGGUAUGUGGCCACAAAAUCAGUGGGUUGCAUGCCCUGCAGAAUCUUCUACAUUCUCAAGAGUUGAUGAAUGGGUGAAAGAACUUUCUGUUAGUCCACCACACAUAAUUGAUGAAGAUGAUGAUCACAUUGAAGAUGACCGUGACUUCCCACCUUCAGCCCAUGCUGGUAAAUCAAUUGCAAGAAACUCAUCGCUCAUGAUUAGGCGUCCAAAUACAAAUGUGCCAGCAGAGGUUAUACAUGCCAACAACGUGAUCCAGUCUCUCAAUUCAUCCUCAACGGUUGCUCACAUUGCAGGAGUUGGACUUAGAGUUAACCCUGUAAUGUCACACUUCUCCAGUCUUCGAUCAGUCAAUUUAUCAGGCAACUCCAUAGUUCAAGUAACUCCAGGAUCAUUGCCAAAUGGUCUUCAUGUUCUUAAUUUAUCAAGGAACCAGAUUCACACAAUUGAAGGUCUCAAGGAAUUGACUCGUUUGCGGGUGCUUGACCUCAGUUACAAUAGAAUUUCUCGAAUUGGACGAGGUUUAUCAAAUUGUAUACUCAUCAAGGAGCUCUACAUUGCUGGUAACAAAAUAAGUUAUGUGGAGGGGCUGCAUAGGCUUUUCAAGCUGUCAGUUCUUGACCUGAGUUUCAACAAGAUAACUACAACUAACGCUCUUCGCCAACUUGUGGCAAACUACAACUCUCUGAUUGCUCUAAAUCUGUUGGGCAAUCCAAUCCAGUGCAUUAGUGAUUACCAACUGCGUAAGACAGUGUGCAGUCUUCUUCGGAAGUUAGUUUUCCUGAAUAAACAAGCUAUAAAUCCACAAAAGGCACGAGAUCAAGCUGUUGCAGAAGCAGCACUUGGUAACAGCAGCCGAAGCACUAGUAGCAGAACAAACAGGAAAGUCAAUUCUGCAUCUUCCAGGACGCACAGGGGCAGUGGUCAGAAGAGUAGGCAAAGGCUGAGAAGCCGAACUCAAAGUCAAUCUUCCAAGCCCAAUUUAUCUUCUCUGGCAUCUUCUUGUCGCUAAAUAUUCUCAAACGUGCGUGCACCUUAUUGUUUCUGCUUUGCUUUUCAAUUAUUCAUUGUAUUUUGUCUAGUUACAGUCUUCUUCUGUUCUUCGGAGAGGGAAAGCUGUCUAGAUAUUCAUUUUAAAUGAUGAGUGUUUACUGAGUUAUCUUGUUUCUCCA